AUGCAGAUCUUUGUAAAGACCCUGACGGGCAAGACCAUCACGCUCGAUGUUGAGCCGUCGGACACAAUCGACAAUGUGAAGACCAAGAUCCAGGACAAAGAGGGAAUUCCUCCUGAUCAACAGCGUUUGAUUUUUGCCGGAAAGCAGCUCGAAGAUGGCCGAACCCUGUCGGACUACAACAUCCAAAAGGAGAGCACAUUGCACUUGGUUCUCCGAUUGAGAGGAGGUGUCUAUGAUCCUUCUUUGGCUAUGCUUGCCCGAACAUUCAACUGCGAGAAAGCCAUCUGUAGAAAGUGCUAUGCUCGUCUUCCCCCUAAGGCCACCAACUGCCGCAAGAAGAAGUGUGGACACACAAGCCAACUUCGCCCCAAGAAGAAGCUCAAAUAA